AUGAUCCACCAAGUCAAUUUCGUUCAAUCUUUGAAUUCCAUGUUUUAUCCAAAUUUUCACAACCACAAGGAAAGGAUAAAUUCUUUGAUUGGUUGUUAUUUCAAUGAAUUUUGGUGGAAAGUGUUUCAUCGAAAUGCCAUUCAAACCGCAAGCGAAGAAUCUCUCAAGGAAUUGAAAGAACAAAUUGCCACAAGUGCCUCUGGAAUAAACCGAUGUGUGAGUUUAUUAUUGAAAAUGAAAAGACAAAUCUUGAGGAAACAAGGAAUGCAGAAGAAUACAAAAGAAGAUGAAGAGAAUUGGUUGAAAAUAUUGGUGACAGGUGAAGGUGGAACGGGACAAUCGAGUGUAGUGCUUCAGUAUGUGAACGGUCACUUCCCAACUGAAUACAAUCCAACGGUUCAAGAUACCUAUCGAAAACAAGGAGUUCAAGUGGAUGGAAGAACAGUUUCUUUAGAGAUUGUCGAUGUGAUAGGAUCUGAGAACUAUGCACCAAUUGUUCGAGUCAGACAUGCAUGGCACCAUACAUGCACUCUUUCUCAUGUGCCAUGUAUUUUUGUCAUCAACAAGAUGGAUGUUUUGAAUGACCCUUCAUUUCUUGUGAAUGAAGAUGAGAUGGUGAAGGAAGAAAUGAUUUUCGAGUUGACUCAACACUUUGAAUUGAAAAACUUUGCCAUCAUUCAAACCAGUGCCAAGUUGGCUCAAAAUGUUAACGAACCUUUCGAAUAA